CCUUGGAAAGAAGGAGAAAAGGAUUUCUCUGUUGUGCUCACAUUGCUCAGUCUGUUUUCACUUGGCCUAAGUUUGCCCCAUGGCGAGUGACUCAAUCAUAGUAUUUCCAGGAUGCAUCAUCUUAGCCCUCCCAGCAGCCACUGGGAAGCAAGCGCCUGUACUGUUCAGUGCAAUGUUUCACGGAAGUCCAGAAGUGGAAGGAAAAGCCAGAGAUUCCAGAAAUGCAACUGCAGCCCUAGGCAGAGGAAACAUUUCCUCAAAAAACUCAUGCGUCGUUCUUUUUCUUUCCAAAAACCUUUUUUAUUGUAAAAUACACGUGAAAUUUACCAUCUUAACCAUUUCUAAGUGUACAGUUAAGUGGUGUUAAGUACAUUCAUAAUAUUGUGCAACCAUCACCACCUCCAUCUGAAAACUGAAACUAUACCCACAACACAGUAACUCUCCCAGUCCCUGGGAACCACCAUACUACUUCCUGGCUCUGAGGCUUGGUUCUUAAGUACUAGGGAUCACAGUCUUUACCUAAUCCUCAUCAUUUCCUAGCCAACUUUGGAAAGCGACUUAAGAGGUUUAGCUACAAAUUAACAGACACAGAAAAGUACUCUGAGGCGUACCGGAGGAAGAAUUAAAGAAAUAACUGUUCAGUGUUUCAAUUUGUUUUGAGGUUUCCCUUUUUAGCAUAGAGACUAAUCUCGCGACACUCGGGGUUCCGAAGCCUCUGACAGCUGGAAACGUUAAGAUUCGGCUCCGCUCUCUCCGCAGCCGGAGGGACAGCGACUCCCAGGCUAGGGGCGGGGCCAGAGAGCGCACCGCCUCGGAAGUCCACCGCUGCCGAACACUUGACGUCUCUGCCCAUAGGCUGUUCUUUGAGGGGUGGGGCCAUUUUUUGGCGGGCAGGCAUGGCGUCAGUACCCCUGAACGGGUUGCUCCUGCACUUCGUUCAUGAUCGGGCUCUUUAGCAUACUGAAGAGAGGGGACCAAGGGGCUCAGAACGCAGUGAGACAGCGAAGACGCCGGAACGCUGGACCGCUGAAGCUCGUGCGCUGUCCCCACAGCAACGGGAAACGUAAGUCUUGCUCCAUCAGAGCCCGGCGUCCCGGCGGAAAUAGCGUUCUUCUUGCUGCUGAGGCUCCGCCGGGCUUUGCAGCCCGGGCGAAGGAAGCAUCCUCACCUGUUGAUGACUGUCAGCCAGUUCGACUAUUAUGUAAACCUGGGGAAUUGAGAAGAGAAUAUGAAGAGGAGAUAAGUAAGGUGGAGGCAGAACGACGAGCCAAUGAGGAAGAAGAAAACAAAGCCAGUCAAGAAUACAUACAGAGAUUACUGGCAGAGGAGGAGGAAGAGGAAAAAGAACAAGCAGAAAAAAGGCGAAGAGAGAUGGAAGAACAACUGAAAAGUGAUGAAGAAUUGGCAAGAAAGUUAAGCAUUAAUAUUAACUGUGAUGGAAGCAUCUUGACAUCUCCCUUGAAUUCCAGAAAAUCUGGUCCAGUCACACCCAGCUCACAAAAUAAAAGUAAGAACAAACAAACAAAUGCUGGAGAUAUUCAGAAGUAUUUGUCACCUAUAUCUCAGUUUCGGUCAGCAUCACAGCCUGAAGUUGAACAAGAAGGCAAGAAAAACUCCAUGUCUAAGGAAACUGACAGUAAUGACGUAAAAAGCCCUACAUGGCAAGACAUAGAAAUUGAAGAAGCUAUGCCAACACUUCCUCCGCAAAUGCACCCUGAAAUUCCAGAACAAGGUGCAAAGUCUUCAAUAGAGUCCCCUAUGCCUCAGGUAUAUGCGACUGGUACAGAAUGGUGCCUUGAAGGAAAACUCAAAACAAGUCUAAGCAAUCAUGAUGAAGAGUUAUGUGUCGUAAGUCAUGUGGGACCUAAAGCCAGAGUUCCCUGCUCUGGAGAAGCUGCAGUUAAUAAUUAUGACAAAACAGAGAAUGGGUGUACUAUAUUAGGUGUAACACAGGUAAUUGGAAAUAACACAGUUGAGACAGAAAAUGAAGGGUCUCACCUACUAAUCAGUGAGGAUAUUUCCAAAAGAAAAAACCAGGAAUCUUCGUUUGAAGGAGUCGGGGAUCCAUGCUUUUCUGCAAAAAGAAAGAAAACAAUCCCCAAAGCCUCCUCAGACCAAGAGGAAACAGAAAUGAAUUUUGCCCAAAAACUGAUAGAUUUGGAACAUUUGCUUUUUGAGAGACAUAAACAAGAAGAACAGGACAGGCUAUUAGCAUUGCAACUUCAGAAAGAGGUAGAUAAAGAACAAGUGACGCCAAACCGGCAAAAAGGAUCCCCAGGUCAGUAUCAGUUGCGUCCUACGUCCUCACCUCCAAGCAAAGUGCAAAAUGGACAGAGGAAGAAUUCCGAAGAUAGGAACUUUAAAAGGCAAACCGGUACAGAGGAUCCAAAACCUCAGAGAGGCUCAAAAAAUGAGAAUUGGCAACCUUCUUUUAAGGUUCAGUUGAAACAUUCGGUUAAUGUUGGUGGAAGAAAGAUGCCAAAUUCUGCUAGAGAUAAUUGUAAUGUAUCUAAAAAUACUCGUUCCCUACAGCCUAAUAAGUCACAGAAAAGUAUUUUUCAGAUGUUUCAGAGGUACACAAAGUAAUGCAUGGGUAAAAGAUGGGUGUUCUAUAAUCUGGUAAAGUGGGAUUGGGAAACUCUCCUUUCUAUCGAGUCUAUAAAUUUUUCAUUAAUUCUUCUCUGUGGACACAUUCAUUGUCCUUAAUUAAAGGACUGUGGGGUUGUAAGGGAGGAAUAUAUAAAUAUGCUUCUACUAAACUCAGUCGUAAAGAGUGCCAACCCUUUCCUUCAUAACUGAUAUGCCAUACCUUACAGGUAUAAAAUGCUUUGGCCAACUCCCAAGAAAUCUUUGAAGUGCCAUUCUCUUUCCUCAAAAUGCAUGUUUUAUGGCCUUUGCUCACCUUUUGUCCUGACUAGUAAUUAAAGCAAUAUUACAUUGUACCAAGUAGUUAAGGAAUCCAGGCAGGGUUUAAAAUCUAAGUUUUCUUGCUAUUUUUCCAUAUUGAAAUUCAUCUUCCCUAACACUAAAGUAAUCCAGUUUCCAUCUCCUUUUCAGUUAUUUUAAGCAUUAUAGCAUUUUCUUUUAUUUCAAAUGGGUUGGAUGAACAUGAAAUCACAAAAGUUAUGAAUUAGUAACAGGAAACUAGAUGCUUGAUGCAAAAGGAGUUAAAGAGUUGGGAUGAGGCUGGGUUGGGUAGAUUGACAGUUGGGAAGCAUGGAAUGAGUGACUGAUCAGAAACUCGGUCCAGGAUGGAGUAGUAGGUGUAGUUUGGCAGAGCAUUCUCUCUCGUCCUUUCUUUGCUAAAACAAUGACACAAAACAUUUGGGUUUUCCAGCUUUCACACCAUAGUUUCUAGUGUCCCCAUCAAAAUUAGUUACUAAAUUACUUGAAAUUUUGAAGAUGCACAUUUCUGUUAAUCUGCUAUUCCAGAAAAAUAAAAUUGGAAUUUACUGUAGGAGAGUUAUAUCACAAUACCCUAUGUUGUGGAACUUGAGACUUAACCAUGUUUAUUUCCAUGUUAUCGGUUGUACUGAUUGAUACUGACUUAUUUGUAUUGAUGGACAAAAAUUAAAAGUAUGAUACUUGGGUUUUGCCCUGUCUUACCCUUGAAAGUUAAAUCAGAAGGCAAUGACGUCCUUUCGUGAAAUUGGACUAUUAAUCUUUUGUUUUAUUAAUAUGAAUAACUGAGCAAACAAUAAGUUUUAACAGCAUUUCUGUUGUCUAUUAUCCAUCCUUUUAAGGUAAAAAAUAUACAAUAAAAUGUCCUACAGCAAAUGCUAGCUUAAAUUUGUCAAUAUUUUUAUACAUUAUUGAGGUUUUUUUCCCCUCCAAAUUUCUUAUAACUGAAAUUCUGUUAAUCUUUGCAUUUUUGAUGGUAUCUAUUUCAAUAUUGGGUAAUUAUGGGUGGAAUUUUGAUGCUAACUUAAAAUUUAGUUCGUCCCCUUUUUUUUGAGAGGGCACUUCUCAUAUUUAUUGAUCAAAUGGUUGUUUACAACAAUAAAAUUCUGUAUAGGGGACUCAAUGCACAAUCAUUAAUCAACGCCAAGCCUAACUCUCAACAGUCUCCAAUCUUCUGAAGCAUAACGAACAAGUUCUUACAUAGUGAAUAAGUUCUUACAUGGUGAACAGUGCAAGGGCAGUCAUAUCACAGAAACUUUCGGUUUUGAUCACGCAUCGUGAACUAUAAACAAGUCAGAUAUGAUUAUUCAUUUGAUUUUUAUACUUGAUUUAUAUAUGAAUCCCACAUUUCUCCCUUAUUUUAUUUUAUUAUUAUUUUUUUUAAAUAAAAUGCUGAAGUGGUAGGUAGUUGCAAGAUAAAGAUAGAAAGCAUAAGUUAGUGCUGUAAGGAGGCAAAUGUAGACGAUCAGGUGUGUGCCUAUAGACUAAGUAUUAAUCCAAGCUAGACAAGGGCAACAAAACAUCCACAGAUGCAGAAGAUUUCUCUCAAAACCGUGGGGGUGAGGUUCUAAGCCUCACCUCUGUUAAUCCCCAAUUUCUCACCUGAUGGUCCCCCUGCGACUGUGCCUGUCUUAGGUUGUUCCUCCCUUGAGGAAUCUUACCCGUCUCUGGUUAACCAGCCGUCUUCCCGGGCCAUACAGGAAAUGUAAAUUUGGUAAGUGAGAGGGAAGCAAUAUUCUUUGAGAAGGUUAGCUUUUUACUUCUUUGCAGAUUUAUGCCCUGUGGCUUCUAUGCCUUAGUUUGCCCUUUUUAAAAAAAAAUGUGAUUGCCUUCUGAGUAAUAACUAAUGAAGUGUAGUCAGAAACUAACCAAAUCUGCCUAAAAUAAACUAAAAUCUAUUAUCAUCAAAGUAGUAUUUUUCUAAGAGCAAUUUCACUUUACGUUUUAGGGUAGACAUUGCCAGAACUCCUCAAAUUAAAAGUUAUAUAAUUAAAUCUUCCUGGAAUAAAUAGCCCAUGACCAAAAAGGGGGGAAAAUGGUGUGACAAUUUAGGAUUUAUAUAUUUAACCACUGAUUUGUCUGUGAAGACGUCUUCCUGACUAAAGUUGGUUUUAAGGUAAAUUUUAAUUUCUCUGUUAGGCUUUCUGGUAGUCCUGCCAAGUAUGUAUGCCUUUUCAUUAGAAACUGAUGUUCUGUGUUGGUCAUUAGGAUGUUUUACUUUUUCUUCUCAUUUUUGUGGAAGGGGUCUGAGAGUAUUUUGUUUUGCAGGAAGUACUAAAACUGCAGAGGUUUAGAAUCUGAAAAGUAAAAUAAUCGUAAGAAAUAAAGUGGACAUUUAUAUUUUACCACAAUUAAAAAUAAAAAUUAAAAGUUCUAUAUAACGAUCAAAGGAAAAUUGGAGGACAUGGCAAACUGGAGAGGAAAUAGAUGCAAUUGACAACUAAAUUUUCUUUAUGUAAAGUUAACUGCUGAUACAUUAAAAAAUAGUAACAAACAAAAGGAAAAUUAGAAAAGCUUAUGUUCCCAAAGAAACAGUUCUCAGGAAAGAUAAAUGGCUCUUAAAUAUGCAAAAAUAUGAAUAUCACUUAACAUUAAUGCUAGUAUUUUUCUACCCUUAGUAAAAAGAAAGGUGCUUUUGUUUUUGUGUGUAUAAGUGUGGGAUUUUUUCCUUGGCAAGAAUGUGGGGAAAUUGGCACUCAUGUUGCUUGGUAUAUGAAUACAAAAUUAAAAAUUCCAAUGGAGUUAAACUUGGUAACUAUGUCUCUAGAAAUUUCUUAAAGCUGUCUUCACAUGUGUUUAGACUGGUAUGUGCAGAACAUGUUUGUGUGGCAUUUUUUGUAAUAAGCUUAGAAACAACCUUAAUGAAUCAGUAGACACUAGAUAAAUGAUACAGUGGAACACUAUACAGUGAUUAAACAAGAAAACCACUUUAUGGGUAUGAAAAGAACUAGAAGAUACAGAAUUAAAAAUACAAGAUGUAGAAUAGCAUAUAUAGUGUGCAACUAUUUGUCAAAAAUAUAUAUAUGUGUAUAUUUGCAUAAGUUAUCUCUAGAAAGAAAUAGGCAUUGCUGUGGAGAGAACCUGGGUGGCUGGGAGAUAGGAGUGGAAGAAUGAGUAUCUACUAUUUUAUACUUUUUGAACUUUCCAAUCAUACUCAGUAUAUCAUCUAGUCAAAAUUUAAAUGAUCUUAAAAGUAUUGCAGGAUAAGGGAAGCUUAUGCAUCUCAGCCAACAACACUAUAGAUGGUCUUUCUUUGCCUUUAAAUUUUAAUUCAGAAAUGCUUUUUCAGUGUGAAAAAAAUAGCAUUGUGAAUUUUUGGAAAUAGCAUUGUGAAUGACUUUAAAUUUAUUUAGCUUUAAACUAUUUUUAAAAUUAAUUUGAAAGCAAAAAUUAUGCCUUCCAGGUAGCAUUGCAGCAGACCUACAAUCCUGCUGAGAACAAUGAGAAAAGCCAGAUAAAAAUGUAAAAUUGUCUACUUAAAAGCAUCAGAGAAUUACUGAAAUAAUGAGGACUAAAUUUAGGAGCUAAGAUUCUAGAGAAGGGAGAAUUAAGAGGUGAACUGAUGUUUGCAUCUGAAAGGUGGUUUUGCUGGUAGCAUGUUCCUAUUCUGAAUCAGGACAAGGAUUAGAGCUGCUGCUGAUGAACAGAAACUGGCAGAGCACUUGGCCUCAUGAAGCUGGAGUGACAAUAUUGGAACUUGAAGGUCAUCAAACACAGAGCUGGCUUUCCCAUCAAGAUAAUUGCAGAACUUUGAAACUGGUCAGGGCAGAGCCUAAAAGCUUGAAAAGCAGAAAGAUGUCUUCAGACUCAACAAUGCUGGUGAAGACAGAAGACUAGAGUUCAGGCCCUAGCAGGGGCAAGAGGCCCGUGGAACACACCAAGGCGUCCAUUGAGAGCCCCAGCCCUGCAUCUGUGAACUAUAUCCCAGGGGCCAGCACCGCAUGCCACCUGUUUCUAUAGAGCCUGUGAUUUAAGAAUAGUUUUAAAUGGCUUUUAGAUUCCUUAGUUCACAAAUAUUUAAUCCAUAAGGAAUUUAAUUUGGAACUAGUAAUUUGUGCAUAAGUUUGGACCAAGGGUAUACAGUGCAGGAGGGAAGAGAAUUCCGUCUUAAACCUUGGUUUCUACCUGUAUGACCUUAGGUGGGCUUUCAUUACCUUGCUUUCUUAAUUUAUGAAUGGGAUUCACGUAACCAAGUUACUGUCAAGAGUUAAGUAAUAUAGAGGACCUGACACAGGCCCUGACUCAAAAAAGAACCUUCAUAAGUUCCUUCCCCCGACUAUACUUCACCCCGCCUCCACCAUUCCCACUUUGGGAAGAGUCUUCCUCCAUCCAGUGACUUUGUGCUCCCGUGAGUCCCUAGAUAUGGCAUCCAAGAAAUUGAAAUUAUCUUUUGUCUACUGAUGAAGACUCUACUCACUUCUGCUAGAUGUGUCCACAGCUCCCUGUGUCACAGGAGACCUUGUCCCUAUAGAAAACCAGUUCUUAGGGAGUGCUUUGUGGCUGUCUUAUUUGGUAUGCAUAAUGGAGUAUAAAGUGCUAAUAACUUCGGGAGAUUAAAAAGAUGAGAGUUGAGCUACCGCCAUGUGUUUACCCAUUUCUUUUUCCUGUGUAGAAAUCUUAAUGAAUACGACUUAAAAUUU